UUCGUUCACCAUAAGACAUCACAAAGAGAAAGUCACAAGCAUCUGCAAUUCUGGAUUCCAAUGAUGCUAAGUGAAGAGCCAAUUUGUGAAGUGAGGAGAGAGGUCACUGGAGCAUUCCAGGCAAAAAGAACAGCAGGUGCAAAGGCCCAGAGGAUCAUUCUGGGCAGUCUUCCUGAUGCCAUCACAGCCUCUGCCUGAACCGCAACAGGAAGGUCCAAAGCAGCAGAUGCAAACCCAGACGGGGCAAACUGGUGGAUUACUCUGUGUCCAGAAAAAUGGAGCUCAAGGCCACGAACAGAUACACCAUCCCAGGGAACCUGGCUGUCUCUCCCUAUCUGACCAUGGGGCUGUUGGCUAUUGGCUGGUUCUUCACUCGCUGGUACUUUGUUUAUGAAGCCACCUCCACCAAGCACACUCAUGAUAUGUACAAAAAGCUUCUCAUCUCCUUGGUGACCUUGCUAUUCAUUGACUUUGGAGUUCUCUUCCUGUUGCUCUGGGUUGGCAUCUACAUAUGAGGUCCUAAGGGAUCCAACCAGGUGGAUUCAUUGAAUCUUGGUUUUUGUCAAUUAAUUUUUUUUUAACUAUUGCUGGAAGUGUCCCACCUGCUGCUCACAGUAAAGGCAGAUGUGGAAAGAAGAAAGAAAGAAGGAAGGAAGGAAGGAAAGAAAGAAAGGAAGAAAGAAGAAAGAAAGAAAGGAAGGAAGGAAGGAAGGAAGGAAGGAA